AUGGCUUCUUCUUAUAUGGAAGCAAAGCAUAAUCUUUACAGAGACCUGUUGGGACGAAAUUGGGGUGAAGUGGUGGAGAUAAUGAGGCAGCAUCCAGACGUUCAUGCCACUAAGAUCACCAAAUCAGAAGACAAUGUACUGCACUUGGCUAUCACUUUUCAUGCACCAGAGGCCAUUGUUAUGGGGCUCAUUGAUGAUGUUCAGAAGAACAACCCAGAAGUUGCCAUGGAGAUUAUCACAGCCCAGAAUAAGCAACAGGAUACUCCUUUGCACUGUGCUGCCUCUCGAGGCUCAACCUCUAUAUGUGAACGGAUACUACUAUUUGAUGAAAGGCUUGCUCUUAAAAGCAACAAGGAAGGAGAGACGCCUCUCUUCCUAGCUGCUCUUAACGGUCACAAGGAUACUUUCCAGUAUCUUCAUUCUGUUUGUAGUAAGAUCUCCACAACCAGGUUUUCAGAACUCUGGAGAAGGGAGAAUGGUGACACUAUUCUUCACUGUACUAUUCAAAGAGAAUACUUUGGACUGCCAUAUCAUAUAAUUCGCCUCUAUGGUGAUGAUAGUGAAAAGAUCAUCGUUAGCUAUGAGAGCAAAGAAGGAGUUACGCCUCUUCAAGUCCUUGCUUCUGCUCCAUCAGCUUUCAGAAGUGGUACACGCCUAACCUGGUUCCAAGGACUCUUGUACAGGCUAUAUUGUUUGUCAACUGAAGACUUAGAUGCAGAGCAGCUGAAAAUUCAUGAUCAAACUCAGAAUGAAGAUUUGGAGGUCGGAAAAUCUGACUCCUUGAGGAAGAUCCAUGAUGCCGCACCAGAACUGUGCCUGAAGAUGACGAAGCUAGAGCUAAAUUCUGAGUACAAGUACAACGAAAAUCAGAUUGCAUUCUGUCCGAGCAAUGUUACAAAUCUUACUGAUGGGCAAGGAAAGUCGUCGUCAUCCUCGAAAAAGGACAAUAAAUCGACAGCAUUGUUGGCGGCAACAAAGUACGGUCUGCUGGAGCUGGUGAACAAAAUCCUUGACAUACAUAUGGCAGUACAAAAAAGGCAAACCCACGUGUUGAGGGAAUUCAUGAAACACCCACUUUGGGAUAGCCUCAUAGAAGACGUGGAUGCCGAUGGAAAUAACGUGUUGCACAUGGCAGCAUUUCUACCAAAACACAUGCCUUGGGAAGUUUAUGGCUCUGCACUCGAAAUGCAGUAUGAAGCCAAGUGGUUCCAGUAUAUGAAAGAACACGUACCGCCAUAUCUAUACGCCAUGGAAAACAAAGAAGGUGACACUCCGGAGGAAAUCUUCGUGGCAGAGCACAAGAAAUUAUUGAAGGAAAGUAACGAGUGGAUGAAGGACACUUCAAGUUCUUACUCCAUAGUUGCGGCACUUACUGCUGGAGUCACCUACGCAACAUCGUACACUGUCCCAGGAGGCACAAAUGAUACUACUGGAAGACCGCCGUUAGAAGGCCAAAGGGCACUAAAUGUUUUUCUGAUCGCCAUUUUAGUCUCGUUUUGCUUCUCUACCGCUUCCUUGGCAGCCUUCUUGGCGGUUUACAGUUCGCGGAAGCAACCAGAUGAUUUUCGUAGGAACUUGCCGCUGAAACUAUGUUUUGCGUUAACGUCAUUUUAUGUCGCUAUCGUCUCAAUGAUAGUGUCUUUUGUUGCGGCCCAUUCACUUGAAGUUGACCCCAAAAUGAAAGCUAAGCUUUUCCCAAUGUACAGUUUGAUUUUCCUACCAUUGUUGUUUUACACAUUAGCUCAGAUUCCGCUCUACUGGGAUCUGGUCAGAGCCUCUUUCAAGAAGGUGCCACAGCCAAGAUACGUGGGAGAGAGCUUAACGAUCACUAUUCCCAAAAAAGAAGAAGCAGAAUGUAGGGUAUUGUUUCUUUUAUUGACUGUACAAUUUUUGUUUUUCAUACUGCCAUUUGAUUGA